CAACUUUGGAAAGUUCCAGUACCCGUUUCAUUAUUAGAUGAAACUCAAUGGGAACUGGAGGUUUAAUUGGUUUUUCUUUACUCGAAUGUUCAUGUAGGCUACUCAACAAUUUCCACUUAUCCUAAAAUAGUAUAGUUUGCUGUUAAAGUCUACGCGCAGGUUUCAUAGGUUUGUGUUUUUAAUUAGAGUCUCUGCGCUACACUGAAGUCUCAGUGAUGCGCUGAACGUGCCGCUCCAGAAGUGCGUCUCUCCUCCGCGCGCGCGCUCCUCUCCUCGCAUCCAGGUGUCACAUUCUUCGGAUGCUUGUUACCAUUUGAACCCGAGACCGGAUCACCAUGACGGACUCCUCCUCUGCCGCUGACCCCACUUCUGGUCCUGUUGGUCUCGGACCUGGUACCGGUUCUGCUCCGGAUCCAGCGGUGACGGAUCAAACGGCUCCUCCAAACGGACAUCAACCGAACCAAGCGGAUACUUUGAGCAUGGAGCAGCAAAUGAAAAUAGACGAACUGGACGAGAAUGGUCUCCUGGCGAGCAGCAUGCGUCUUAAACCCCACGAGGCCCAGAACUACAGAAAAAAGGCAUUAUGGGUAUCCAUGGUCUCCAUUGUGGUGACUCUGAUCCUCGCCAUCGCUGCGUUCACCGUUUCCGUAAUGCGACAGAGCGCGUCUGCGUUCGGGUUUGCGUUUGACGCCACUCUUGACGUCCUAUCUUCUAUAAUAGUGCUUUGGCGAUACAGUAACGCCGCCGCCGUCCAUUCUGCACACAGAGAGUACAUAGCGUGUGUUAUUCUUGGGAUUGUGUUUAUUCUGUCAGCCCUCACUAUUCUGGGGAAAGCAAUCCAUGAUCUCGCCACCAUGCUUAAACCUGAAGUGGAUGACUUUCUAUACAGCGUCUCCAUUGUCAGCGGUGUGGUGUGCACGAUUCUGUCCGUCUUUAAGUUCAUGCUUGGGAAAGUCCUCACCAGCAGGGCCCUCAUCACCGAUGGCUUUAACUCUCUGGUUGGAGGUGUGAUGGGAUUUUCGAUCCUUAUCAGCGCAGAGGUAUUUAAACAUUAUCCCAGUGUCUGGUUUCUGGAUGGUACCAUCGGGGUUCUCAUUGGACUCAUCAUUCUCGCCUAUGGAGUCAGGUUGUUGAUGGACAUGGUCCCUCGCGUCAAGCAAACGAGACAUUACGAGCGGUUCGAGUAGGACUUUCGUAAGACAAACAUAAACAAUCUUCUGGAGAUUCUCCUGAGUGAAUAAAACAAACACACCCA